AUGGAACUGCAGCGCGCUGCCUCCGUGCUCGCCACCGCGCUGGUGCUUACAUCCAUACUUGCUGGCCGGGUGCAGUCCGUGGGCGUGUGCUACGGUGUGCACGGCGACCGCCUGCCGAAGCCGGCCGAGGUCGUGCAGCUCUACAAGUCCAACGGCAUCACCGCCAUCGGCCUCUACGAGCCGGACGUCCAGACGCUCCUGGCCCUCAACGGGAGCAACAUCGGCGUCCUCAUCGACAUGGCCGACGCGAACGUGCCCCGCCUCGCCUCCGGCGCCGCCCAGGCGGACCUCUGGGUCCAGCUCAACAUCAAGCGCUACUACCCGGGCGUCUCCUUCCGGUACAUCGCCGUCGGCAACGAGCUCGCCGGCGCCGCCACGCAGAGCAUCCUCCCGGCCAUCAAGAACCUCAACGCCGCGCUCGCCAAGGCCGGCAUCAAGGUGUCAACGGCCGUCAAGAUGGACGUGCUCGCCACCUCUUCGCCGCCCUCCUCCGCCGUCUUCAAGGACGACUACAUGAAGCAGAUCGUGGCGCUCCUCGGCGCCACCGGCGCGCCGCUGCUGGUCAACGUCGCUGAAAUUUGA